GGCUAAGCUAAGCUAAGCUAAACUAAGCUAAGCUAAGCUAACCUAUCGUGCGGUGUUUGCGGCGCUGCAGCAGAAAUAUCUUGGCUGUUCGUCAGUACCGUGGAGCGGUCGUUGUCGGUUUGUAGUUUCCCUCAUAACGGGUAAAACUGGCCGUGCACACGCUUUUUCAGUCCGUAUUUCAGAACUAACCUUUGAAGGAGCACAAUCAUGGGUGUGGAAGUUGAAACAAUAUCCCCUGGCGAUGGAAGAACAUUUCCAAAGAAGGACCAGACUUGUGUUGUGCAUUACAUAGGUAUGUUGCAGAAUGGCAAGAAGUUUGACUCUUCUCGAGACAGGAACAAGCCUUUCAAGUUCAAGCUUGGAAGAAUGCAGGUUAUAAAGGGCUGGGAGGAAGGUGUAGCGCAGAUGAGCCUCGGCCAGAGGGCAAAACUCACCUGCACACCAGAUAUGGCUUAUGGCGCAACAGGCCACCCCGGGGUCAUCCCGCCAAACGCCACCCUUAUAUUUGACGUGGAGCUGCUCAAGCUGGAGUGAAGCCCGGAGUUAAAUACUCACAGCUCCAAGGCACACGAGGCUGCGUCUGCCACAACCUGCUGCCUCUUGCCAUGUUACCUGAUUUUUUUUUUUUCUUUUCUUUUUGUUCCUGUCUGAUAUUCUCUCAGUAUUUAAGUGUCCAUUGCUGCUUUGCUCUUUUGUUCCAAAACAUGCUGCAAUAACAAUGUUAACAUCACACAACACUUUUCCAAAGGCGACACAUCACAUUUCUUUUAUUACAUGCUUUUCAUUUACUUACAUUUAAAGUUGUAAAUUUUGUUGAACUAAGACGAGCAGUCGCGUAACGGAGGCUGUGCCUAGAGCCUUACCGUUUGAAUAACUGAGGAACUGUAACAAGUUGACAGUAAUCGUGCUCUGUAUCCUAACUGGGCAUUAUCUACCACAGCCUGUGUUGACACUUGGAAAAAAUUUUGUCCUCCUGAAUGCUCUGAAUAAUGCUGCUGUCUUUGGUAUAUUUUAUAUCCUUCAAACAUUUUGUGCACGUGUAGCGUCUGCAGCUCAGCCCAGUUCUGCACCGUACAGAAUUAUGCAAGAAGGAACACCGCGAGUCUGACCUUUUAUUGACCAAGUCUUCAAUAAAAAUAGCAUGUACUGUGUUGAGAU